UCCCCGUGUCCAAAAUAAGGUGAUUAUUUGAUAAAAUGGAUGGAUCAGGUGACACAGAGGGAGACUUAAAUAUCGCCAACGCGGCAGUUCAUUUCUUCACAACAUCAGCACAGUACAGCAAGGACGAUGACGAUGACUGUGACGAGAGAAAGACGGGCUAUCUUCUGCUUAAUCACUGCCUUAUUCAUCUUUCUCUUGCCAUUUCAAUGCAAAGGACAAGAUUCGAAACAGUUGCUCAAGUAUGACAAUUUUACCAAGAAUUUUCUCCUCGACUCUGACGCGUUGGUAGAGCUUUCGUCUCUCAAGGCUCCGAUCAAAAUCAUCUCUGCAAUUGGCGACGCAAGAGUUGGGAAGUCAACGAGUCUUAAUAUGAUGCGACACUUUUGGAAAGGUGAAAGUCAGUCUGGUAUUGAGAAGGUUUUCAAAACUAGUAACGAAAUGGCAGCAUGUACGCGUGGAGUCUGGAUUUCCGUUCUUCGCGAUGACGCUGGGUCUGUGGUCUUUCUGGACGUCGAAGGAUCAAAUCUUGGCGAUGAUGCAAAAACAAACCAGUUUAGCAUCUUUGCUACUUUACUUUCUUCAAGUUUGAUGCUCUUUGCAAAGGAAGCUGUAACAAAUCACAACCGCGAUUUUCUGUUUCGCGUGACGCGCCUUACGGAAGAGAUAUGGCGUGACCAAAUGCGUGACCCUGAAGUUAUCCAUUUUCCAGGCCUCCGUGUUGUACUGCGAGAGUCUCUCGACCCUCCAGAGGGAGUAACCCUUGAAUAGUUUAUCUUGAACACUGUGUAUGGCGUCAAGG